AAAUUUUUGUUGACCAAUUAAUAAUUUGACAGUUCAGAAUUACGCUUUUAAUUUUAAUAAAAUCGGAAAGCGAUAUCAUAUAGCAGCCAUAAGAACUAUGAAAUAAUUGAGCUGCAUCAUCAUAACUUCAGUGUUUUUAAACAUAUACGCAAGCCAAUCAUAAUUUUAAUGUUUUCAAGAAUAUUUUAUUUUUUGCAAUUGCUGCCAUGUCCGUGUGUCCGACGUCCGACUGUCUGUCUGUACGUCCGUCUGUCCGUCAUAUAGUUCCCAUAGAAACAUCCGAAAUAACAACACUUUUUAUAUUUCAUAUUAAACUGUUCCAUACUUUGAAAAUUUAUACUUUAUAUAAAUUUAUAAUUUUUAGUUUUAUGUCUAAAGCUGUAAUCUAAACCACAUAAGUGUUAUAUUGUAGUAAUAACUAAGUAAGAAACUACUCUUUAUAACCAUGGCCAAAGUAGUUUUAAGUCAUAUAGUUAAAUUAUAUUUUAAAGUGUGUGUAACCCUGGAUAUAUUUUCUGUGUGCUAUCCCUGGUUUGUAAAAGUAUCGAUGUGUUUUGCAUACCUAAAAAAAGAUGCACGAAGAAGAGAGCGAGGCAUUCGAAAAAGCGUGGCCGGUGCGAUCGACCGAAAAGCUGAAUAAAAGAUAAUUAAAUUAAAGCAGAACAAAGAACACUAUAAUCUAAGUGGUAACUGAACCUAACCAACUUAUAUUGGAAUAGGAAAAUAUCUGUUAACAUGGCUUCACGCAUUAAUCUCGGCGAGCUCAAAUUAAUGGAAAUCAAAAGUUUCUGUGAAAAACUUGUCUUGUCCACAAAGGGAAACAAGUUAAAGUUAAGUGCUGUACUACCGUCUGAAAUUGCUCCGGAGUUGUACUACGAAAAGGUGGAGUCUACGAAAGGUGGAGGCAAUGAGGCCAAUGAAGCCAACAACAACAACGAAGAACAAGUCGGAGAAAUGGCUUUCGCCAAUGCAGCCAACAACAACAACGAAGAACAAAGCGAAGAAGAAGAUGAAGAUGUUUUCGGCAACGAACUUAAAUUUGUCGAGACAGUUGAUCGUGGUGGCGUUCAACCUCCAGGAAACGGCGUUCACUUCCAGGAACCGGCGUUCAACCGAGUACUUCAACCUUCGGCAUUCAACCGAGUACUUCAACCUUCGGUGUUCAACCAAGUACUUCAGCCUUUGGCGUUCAACGUAGUCCAGCUACCAACAUACUGGCCGAAUCGGGUGGCAACGCUGCGGGAAUGGAACAGGCGAUGCAAAAUUUACGUUUCGAAAAUGUGGACCGUCUUUGCAAGCCAGAAAUGAACUUGAACACCGUGAAAGAGCUACUCCCAGAAUUCAACGGCGAUGGCAACAUAAACGAAUGGUUGCUGGUGGUAAAAAAUGUUCGUGAUGUGUUCAAAGUCAGUGAUGACGUUAUGCGUCCAUUAAUUUGCUCACGCUUAAAGGGCAAGGCUAAUUUUUGGCUGCUAUCUCGCCCAUCGACUUGAUUCUGGCACAACUAAAAAUUAUUUUUGGAACCAAGGAUAACGUCCUGGAAAUGCGACGCAAGUUUGAAAACCGCCAGUGGCAAUUCGGUGAGAAGUUUGCCAACUACUACUUUGACAAACUUACUCUGGCAGAAGACAUCGCUAUGAGUGUUCACGAACUAGUGCAGUACUUGAUAGAUGGCAUACAAAAUGCACAACUUAAAAACCAAGCGAAACUACUACGUUUUGGAGUGCCUGCUGAUGUAUAAGAAGCCUUUCAAGAUGAAGAGAAACCCAGAGCUCCGAUACAUCAAAAUAGGAUGCAAGGAAAAUCUUCAACAAACGCUGCGACCCCGGAACAGAGGGUCAUCAAAUGCUUUAACUGUCACAGUCUUGGCCAUCUGGCUAAGGUAUGCCGCAAGCCAGUACGGGCUGAUGGAGCUUGCUAUGGCUGUGGAGAAGUUGGACACUUGGCUAGAGAGUGUUUAUUGUACAAGAAGAAAGAAACUGGCAACGAAUAUAGUGCCUUAUAGAUUCUGGAAGCCCCGUCUCAUUUUUAUAGAAGUCAGUAGUUCCCAGUAACGUAAUCAUUGAUAAUACCUUCUUCGGAAUAAACGAAAGUAAACUAAAUGUAAUUGGAAAAACAGUUUGUCUAAUUAAUAGUUCAAAUAAAAACGUAUUGAUUGAA